CAGAGAGCGGGCUCGUGGGGGCCAGGGGCUGGGAGGGGCGGGGUUCAUUUUGGGGGAUGGAAUGUUCUGGAAUUACAUAGAGACGACAACUGCUCAACCCUACGAAUACACUAAAAACUACUCAGUGACACACUUUCGGUGGGUAAAUUACGUGAAUUUCACAUCAAUAAAGCUGUUAAAAGACCCCACGUUCACAUGAGUUGUUGAAACUAAGGAUUGGAAUCCACAAGCGGCUGAAGAUCUGUGAUUAAGAGCCCGCCGGCUUCAAGCCGCACGGUGGCGCGUCCCAGAGCCCAGGCGCGGCCGUGCCGGCGACAGGAAGCCCCCGGGAGGUCACCGGGAUGCCACAUUCGAUACCGGGAGGCCAAGAUCCUAAUUACCGCCCGCGAUGCACCCCGAUCCCCAGCCGGCUCCCCCCGUGCGCGUCCAGUCCCCACGGCCGCGAGCUUCCGGGUCUUCAAGGAAAGAUUCGUGGCUCCGAGCCCGUGGCUCCGGCCCCUCCCCGGCCUGGCUGCCCCCCAGCCCCGGGGCCGACGGCGGGAUGUCCCGGCUGUCGAGGGUUUGCGGGCGGAAGGCGGCCCCAGGCCCUGCCAAGACCGCGGAGGAAGAGACGGACGCGGUGCCAAGUGGGCGGCCGGCCGGCCCGGCUGCCACGUGCCAGGAAGGGGGUGGGGCGGGCGCCAGAGUCAACACGGCCGACAUCUGCCGGCCGGCUGGGCUCAGGCCACUGUUGACACUGGCUGCGCAGGUGCCCGGCCAGCUGGGCGCGAGGGCAGCGCCGGCAGCUGGACCCGCCGCAGACGGGCCAGGAAUAGGAUCCCGCCUGCCCACGACCUCCCUCGGCCCCGGCGUCUCGGGUCCCCUCCCGCCCCCUUCCGCGAGGCCCGGUGGCAUCCGGCCUCCACACACGAGCGUAGCCCGCUUCUACCCCGGGGCCUUUGCACAGCCGUCUCCUCGGUUUGAGCCCGGCUCCUGCUCCCACAGGCUCGGCCCAAACGUCCCACCCGAGGGCCUCCCGCCUCCCAGCGAAAAUUGCCGGACCGCGUGGCAUCGCCCCACAUCCUUAAACACGACCCACCUGCUGACUGACCCGCUCCACCCACAGUAGGGGAGCGGAGCCUCUGGUGGUGGGCGCUCCCUGCCCGCUCUGGCCUCAGUUUCCCCACCCGAGCCCGACCCUGGGCGUCCCCAGACAUCAUCAUCUCGUCUGACAAGUGGACAAUGGCUCCUACAGCCCUUUGUUCCUGACACGCCGAGGGGGCUCUGGGGUCAGGGCAUCUGACCCCUUGUCCCGGCCAGGCCGGCCGCCCAAACCCCCCUCCUGUCGGCGUUGGGCCGCUGGGCAUGGCUGGGGGUCCUGGGGACCUCUGACCCCACAAGGGCCACACGGCCUCGUCCCUCCUUCUGGGCCCGGCCGUGACCCUGUGAGGCCGGGGGUGUCGCCCGCCUGGGCCGACGGCAAGGAUGCGGCGAGUGAGUCAACAGACCUCCCCACAAAGGGCCCGUUCGUGUUAUUUCGAGCCCAAGAUCCCGGGAGCUGGGGGCCCCCCAACACCCCGACACCCCAGCACCGCGCCUCGGUUCUCCUCGUCCGCCAGACAGAUGCAGCCACCCAGCCGGCCGAGCAUCUCCUUCGGACGGGGAGGGAAACUGAGGCAGAGGGCGGGUGAGGCUCAGGCUGGCGUCCGCACGCGGGCGCCACGCCCUGAGGAGGUGACGGUGACGUCUGCCACUCCACCGGCCGCACCGCCAUCCGCGUGCCAGCACCCGGCCCGAGGCCAGGCCGCCCCGCCCGCGCGUUCCUCGAAGCUGCCUCCCGCCCCGGCCUCGCGCUCCGUCCCGGGGUGGGGGGGGCUCACGGUUGGUCCUGGGGGCCGGCGUCCCCGACGGGGCCACCCGAUGAGCCCGGCCGAGGCCAGAGCCGCCGCCGCCACCGCCGGAGGUCGGGCAGGGCCCAGCUGGCCGCGGCUGGAAUGCGAGCGGGGCCGCCAUCUGGUCUCCAUCUGCCCGGCCCCCGCGCGGCCCCACUUCAAAGGCCCCCCGCCCGCCGGCCACUUCCUCUGCCCCGGCCGCCCGCCC